UUUACUUAAACUAUACUGCAAAAUGCCCAGAGUAUAAAAAGUAAAGCGACGCCGCUCUAGUGUUCCAAACACAUUCAAAUAUUAUUUCAAACGUUAUUCCAACUGCCAAACAUUUCCUUCACUUCUUCAACAAUAGCAGCCCGCCACUUCAUACAAAAUGUCAAAUAAUACCAGCACAGCCAUGGAGGCGGCCAAAGUGCUGCUCCAGCAAUUUGUGACAGAGAUGAAGACCAUCGGAAAUCAGGACCGUUUAAUUCCAGCCGGAUACACGCCAACAUGGGCCGAGCGUACAUGGUUUUCCCUCUUCCAGGGCCAAAACGAGGCAAUAGUAUUUGGUAUCAUAUCGUUCAUCAUUCACCAGGCAUUCUACUACGGCCGAUACCUCCCGUACUGCAUCUUUGACCGCAUGCCAUCGAUGGUCAAGUACAAGCUCCAGCCAGACAAGCACAUCACCGACGCACAGUGGUGGAAAUGCGUCAACAGCCUGCUCGCCAGCCAGAUCUUUGUGCAGCUCCCAAUGAUGAUGUUCUUCCUGCCAGCUGCCAAAAUGGUCGGAUUUGACUGCGCCGCGCCGUUCCCGGAGUGGCAGAGGGUGGUCUUUCAGGUGUGCGUUUUCUUUAUUUUCGAAGAUUUCUACCAUUACUGGGCGCACCGGCUGUUCCACUAUGGCGUGUUUUACAAGAGGAUUCACAAGGUGCAUCAUGAGCACACAGCACCAUUUGGAAUUGCCGCCGAGUAUGCGCACCCUAUAGAGACCGCUGUUUUGGGGCAGGGGACCAUUGCUGGACCGCUGCUGUUCAAUUUCUUUAUCGAGCAGGUGCACAUCACUACAAUGCUGAUCUGGAUCGCUGCAAGGUUGUGCCAAACCGUCGAGGCGCACUGCGGUUACGACUUCCCGUGGUCGAUGAGCCACUGGUUGCCGUUCUGGGCCGGCGCGUCACACCACGACUACCAUCACAUGGCCUUUGUUGACAACUUUGCAUCCACUUUCCGCUGGUGGGACAGCCUCUUUGGCACUGAUCGGCGAUACCAGGCGUAUGAAGCGCAACGGACCAGGAAGGUCAAGGCCGAGUGAAAUGACAGCCACUUUUGUUUUUGCUUGGCAGUCCACAGCAAGGCAACAUUUUUAAAUAUUUUUUUGUAUAAUUGACAA